GGCGUAAUAUCGCGGAACACACUGUGCAGAAAGAAGCCGCGGAUUUGAUUUGACGCCGUUAGCAAGCUAAAACAUCCUGGGCUGUGCACUGUUUUAUACUACACAGGACAUAGUUUGUAAGAAUGACAAGAAUUUGAUAUCCAGGACUAAAAGUGAAGGAGAUAAACAUGAAUCUUGACAGACUUCGGAAGCGGGUCCGACAGUACAUCGAUCAGGUACGAAAGAAGAGUUUAUGAGCUGUUAGCUUAGGCUAGCUUGAGAGCGUAGCUGGCGUCAACAGUAACGUAACCUCAGCAGUUUUUUUAACCGGUCAGAUUUCAGCUAGAAGGACAUCAAUAAUCUACUAACCUGUAUGAUUUUGCUCUGUUUUGUUUAUCUGUGUCUAUUUGCAGCAACAGUAUCAAAGUGCUCUCUUUUGGGCCGACAAGAUCGCAUCUCUCUCCCACGGUAAGUAAGGCUCUGUAAGGAGCUGCAGCCUGCUGCAAAGUUAACCUACUAAUAUUCCCAGAGUUACAAAGCUAAUGCUACGAGGAUCGGCCUUUCAUAUGGGGGGGAUAUUUACUCUUUGUACAGCCUCUAACUUAUGUGAAACUUCUGCUAGAUAACGGUGUUCAUGGACGCCUGAUGAGGUGAUAAUAGCUGCAGAUCUUGAGGGUGUUUUGUUGACAUGACAGCUUUCUGACUCUGUUUGUCAUCCAGAGGAUCCCCAGGAUAUCUACUGGCUAGCUCAGUGCCUUUACCUGACCUCUCAGUACCACAGAGCCUCUCAUGCCCUCCGCUCAAGGAAACUUGACAAGGUAACUGCAGGUCGUGAACCAGUUGUUGUAAACAAGUGCAAAUGAGAGGUUAGCACUCUCUGACAACAGCCUGAUGAUAGAUUUUAUGUGAAUUAUACAAAUUAGAUUCGUCACGUUUCUAGAAUUUCUAAUCUCGAUACGAUUUUAGAAGUAUUGAUAUUGAUAUUUGUUUUGAUACUGAAGCGACAAAAAUGAUUGUAUUUGUUAAUUCUGACUUUGUUAGGAAUAAGGCUCAGAGCACAGACCUGACAUACAGAUCAGAACAUUUGACAUAUUGUUGAUUAAUGAAAGGCGUGAAAUGAGAUUUGUCUGGUGUUGUCUGUAACUGCAAAGAGUGUGCGCUCUGUAUGUGAAAUUUCCACAGUACUUUGGUUGCUUCAUGGGCAUCAUUGUAGCCCCUCAAUCAACAGCCUAUGAGGCAUGACUAUAAAGUAAACAUAUUUACCAACCAGCCGUGAUAUUAUAAACACCUGGGCAAUCAAAUGCAACCAAAUACAACAGCUCCAAAUUCGAAUUUGUCAACACUUCUACAUUUUUAUUUUUGAUGAAAAGGUCAAAUUUCUCACAGCUUCUGGUUGAAAGUAUAUAUCCAUCUAUAUCUAUCUAUAUCUAUAUAUCUAGGCAGCAGUUCUUUUUGAUACAGUUAAAGGUAGAAAUAGCAGGUACUGUAUCAUUUGAAAGCUGACAGUAUAGAGGGGUAUCAAAGCAUCAAAAGUAAUAUCACAGUAAUAUCAGCAGUGUAAUUUCCUUUACACCUGUACUCAAUCUAAAUUGAUAUCUGUCUUCUCACACACAGUUGUAUGGAGCGUGUCAGUAUCUUGCUGCUAGGUGCCAUGUAAGUAGCUGAAAUAAACACACCUUUAUCAGCUGUAAGCCUUCUUUCAAGUGCUUUAAAAACUGUGACAUACAAUCAAGACAAGCCUGCUAGUUAUUCAAAGUCUUAAAUCAAAGUGCUCCUCUUGUGUUUAGUAUGCUGCCAAAGAGUUCCAGCAGGCCUUGGAUAUCCUGGAUGCAGAGGAACCAGCUAGUAAGAAGCUGCUGGACAGAAGCGCGAAAGAGGACAACACAACAUCAGAGUCCAACAAGGAUUGGGACAUGUCUCCAGCCUCUGUGAGUCCAGGCUGCUACUGAAAUACUGUAUUAGAGUGAACACAGCUCAGGUCUUAUUUGUUAUGUUUCGUGAUGUGGUCUUUUCUCAUGCUGUUGAUGUUACUUUGGAGGCUACAGAGCGAACUCUAGUGCAGACCGAACAAAUUAACUCAAGUUCACUUGAAAAUGGGGUCUGGUUUCACUUCCAAGUGAACUCUGAUGAAGUUCAUUAGACCAAAGGCAGGAAGUAGCAAACAUUUGACAAAAACCACAUUGGAGCAUCAGCAGUACCCUCAAAAAUCUGAAUGUGGUUAGUUUCUCCUCUGUAUGGACCUAUGCCAUUGUUUUUGACAAAGUUGAUAGCAGAGGUCCUGCCCUUUCUUGAUUUUGAUUGAUCGAUGUAUGAAAUGUGACGUUGGCAGGUUCAACAGGGUUCCAAAAGUUGAACUGCUUUCAACUUGGAGUGCUGUGAGCGCAGAAACGAACAAAAUGAUUUUUAAAAAAAUGAGAGAGAAAAACGCAGAAUGUAGACACUGACCUGUGCUGGCUCUGUGUAGAAAAGAAACUGCUUGUACUUUGCCUGCAGCACUCAUGUCAGCACCUGUGUCCGAUUGGCCUUAAAGCGGUGAGCAGCAGUUACUGACGAUAUCCCCUGCUGCCUGGUAGGGGUCUUUGCUUGAGUUGUAUUUACUCUCAGAUAUAUAAUAUAUCACUUUGAGCAAAAGUGUCUGUAACUCUUGGAUUCAUCUCUUCCUCGUGGUCAAUAAUGAGAUGAUUGCUUUGCCCCUCGAGGUUCUGUCCUUGAUAAUAAUUUAGAUUGUAUGAAACGCUGGAAACAAUCAAGUUUAUCUGUUGGUUUAACUACAAAAAUAACCAAAGUAAUUACAGCUGAAAAUGUUACUUUGCUCCAGUCUUUUUGAUCAUUUGAGAGAAUCUUGGACAUUAAAUGGACUUCAGAGUUAAAUUCAGGAUAUGAACUCGAUCCCGACCUCUGCCCACUCCUCCGCACUUCCUGUUUUCCUCUGAAAUGCUCCAGGUCAGCAGCUCCAUCUGCCUCCUGCGGGGUAAGAUCUAUGAUGCCAUGGACAACAGACCACUGGCCACCUCCAGCUACAAAGAGGCCUUGAAACUGGACGUCUACUGCUUUGAAGCUUUUGACCUUUUAACAUCCCACCACAUGUUGACGGCACAGGAAGGUGAGGCUGAUUUCAAAUUCUCUACACUUAUCUGCCUUUGAGUGUUUGUUGUCUACGGGUUAAAUGACAUCACAUGUGAAAUCUGCAUUUCCUUUUUUUUCCUUAUAGAGAAAGACUUCCUUGACUCACUUCCUCUGAGUCAACAGUGCACUGAAGAGGAGGAGGAGCUGUUACACUUCCUGUUUGAGAAUAAGUUAAAGAAGGUGGGGGGAGCUCUGUCUUUUUUUUUCUUGCUUUUGCUCAUUGAUUAGAUAACUAAUAACAUGAUAAGUCUAAUGUUGUUGGAUACUAUUUUUAUUGUAAAUUAAUCCCACAAAAAAAUCCAAGUUUUGCCUUUACCGUGUAAGAAUUAUACACUUGGGUACUCAUGUACGGUGGCCCUGAGGUGCGAAACACAAUUGCAAAUCAGAAAACACAACACAAAAAGAGAAAACACAGCAGCAUUAACCAUUGUGUUUCCUGUUUUUGUGUUGUAUUUUCUGAUUUGCUUUUGUGUUUUGCACCUCAGGGCCACCGUACUCGUGUGUGCUGGCGACAAAUUGUUGUUUAUUGUUGUCUUCCCUUAUUACAAUGAACAUAAGGACUUCAUAUUAUCCUGAGUCAUUCCCAGAUACACUGCUCUGCCUAUUGGUUCAUCUGAGCUCAUAUGGAGAAAAGUGCCUCUUCCCUUUGUUGCCUCGCUCAAGGUUCACUCAUAUAUGGUUUCAACUAAUUGAAAUGCUAAUGUCUAUUAUGAGUAUUCAAGCAUGUUUUUGUUCAAACUCCUCUUCAACCAUCUCCUGCCUCCUCCUCUCCCACCCACUCACAUUCAAACCCUACGCCCAUCUUCACACGCGUGUAUGAACACAUGAACGCUCCCUCUCUCUCUCCGCAGUAUAACAAGCCCAGUGAUGUGGUGGUGCCAGAGAUGGUCAACGGUCUUCAGGACAACCUGGAUGUAGUGGUGUCUCUUGCAGAGAGGCAUUAUUAUAACUGCGAUUUCAAGAUGUGCUACAAACUCACAUCAAUGUAGGUGUAAAAAUGUGUGUUUCAUCAGAUGUACUUAGAUGAUGAGUUUGAUGCUUAAAAGACGUCUCACUCAUUACAUAUCUAUUUAUUUUCCAUCAAUCAUCUGUAUUUUCCUCUGAUUUAGAUAGUUAAUGAAACCUACUAAGAUCACUCAAAAUGAAUGUUUUAUUUGAAUAAAUUUGAAGCGACAGGUUAAUUCAAAGAUGAUGUAGGUUAGUAGACUUUAUACCUGUAGAGUCAAAGUCUCAGUAGUCAGAUGUCAUCACAAAAAUGCUGGAGUGUUAAAUGCAGCUUUGUUGUUGUUGUUGUUUUGAAUAACAGGGUGAUGGUUAAAGACCCAUUCCAUGCCAACUGUCUACCAGUCCACAUAGGAACUCUGGUGGAGCUUGGAAAAGCAAAUGGUAAAGUCAUCUUCAGUUUGCACAUGGAGAGAAUUUGGUUUCAUGAUUUGUUCUAAUAACCAGAAUGAUGCUUAUCUCCUAUUUUGUGUGUGUGUGUCUGUUUUUUUCCUGUAGAGUUAUUUUACCUCUCGCACAAACUUGUAGACUUGUAUCCCAACAACCCGGUAAGAGUUUCGUCCGAUCAGUGCACAUUUUUUCUCCCUUCUUCAUUAAAAUUUUACUGAACUGGUGUAAUUGUUCGUAGGUAUCCUGGUUUGCUGUCGGCUGCUACUAUCUCAUGGUUGGCCACAAAAACGAACACGCCCGGCGAUACCUCAGGUUAGUUCGAGUAGGAGGGUUUCCCAGGGGUCGGAGUUGGAUUUUUUUACAGGACGAUUGGAAGAAAACGCCUUUGAGAUGACCAGUAUUCCAUUUGCAGCUGAGUCCUUAUUUGGACCAGAAUCAUCUCCUGUAUGGGGGACAUGUUACGACAAAGUUAUGACAUUAAAUGUUCAUCAACAAUCCUUUUUUUCUGUUAUAAGGACAAGACCAUGAGCUAAAACAUGUCACUGAUUGCAAAAAUCCUGAGAAAUAUAGAAGAUGACAAUGAGAUGAAAAUGUUUGAGAUGGACCGAUCAGCUCUAGAUCACUGAAAAUGAAUUUCCUGCUGAGAGUGCAGUAAACAGCACACCACAACUAUUAAUGUAGGGUACCGUCUGUCUCCUGUAGCAAAGCCACCACUCUGGAGAGGACAUACGGUCCUGCUUGGAUUGCUUAUGGACAUUCAUUUGCAGUGGAGAGUGAGCACGACCAAGCCAUGGCUGCCUACUUCACAGCUGCACAGCUAAUGAAAGGGUAAGAUACUUUCGGCUGCUUUUUGGGGUCCUUGAGAGAAGCAGAUUAAGAUCAGAGGCCGAACAGCAUGAUAAACUUGACAAGAACAUGAUGUCAGCAAACGCCUCCUGCUUUUUCUCCUCCAGAUGUCACUUACCCAUGCUCUACAUCGGCCUGGAGUACGGUCUGACCAACAACUCCAAACUGGCCGAAAGGUUCUUCAGCCAGGCUCUGAGUAUCGCUCCAGAGGACCCGUUCGUCAUUCACGAGGUGGCCGUGGUCGCCUUUCAGAAUGGAGAGUGAGUCAUUCACACAAAAACACUCACAGUCACAUUUAGACCUUUUGUUCGACGUAAACGUCAAUUGCUGCAGGAACAAAUGUUGGUACAGAGCGGAGGUAACUUAGAAGCUGCUAUUAUAUCACACUGUGAACUCUAUUUUCAAACAUAAAUGCAUGUACUGUCCACGUACCAGGAUUACAAUCUACUGCAAUCAAUGAAAUAAAGUCACAAAAGGACUUGGGAGUUUAUUGAGAACAGUAGAGGGAGGAUCGGUUCAUGAUCUAUUCUGGGUGACCUGCUUCAGCCCCUGACCUGCAGGGUCUUUUUGCCUGGUUGUGUUUUAAAUGAUCACUGUCAUAUCAAAGAGAAAUGUCUGCAACAAAACAACAAAUACAUGCUGAAUUAAACGUAGAUUAUAAUGCACUUGAUGUGUAAAGAUGGGUUGUAGUAGCACUUUACUCCAGCGGUGGGAAUCACUAAUGGCCCGACAAUACAAUAUUAUUGCGAUAAUUGGGCCACGAUACGAUAUUAUUGGUUUUUUUUUUUUUUUUUUUUUUUGACAUUUUGAAAACAGUGAGUAUUGCGAUACAAUAUAUUGCGAUUGAUACAAUUUUUUCAACUGUUAAACAAAUUUAGCAUUUGUCUUUCCUUUGUGUUUGUCUCAUUUUAUGCUGUCUUUUAUUGUCAUGUUGUAUAUAUUUGUUGCACUAACUUUCUCCUGCUGUGUUAUGUCACCUCUGCCAACCUCACUGGACAAAAGUUGAUUUUAUUUUUUCAUUAUCAAAGAUUUGACUUCAUCUUAGCAAUUAAUUUGAAAAAUCGAUACUUGGUAAAUGAGACGAUACGAUAUAUCACCAGACAAAAUAUCGUGAUACUAUGCUGUAUCGAUUUUUUUCUCCCACCCCUACUUUACUCGGCCAACACAGAUUACAAAUACUAAUAUCCUGUUCAUCAAAAAGUGUUUUGUGUUUUUGAUCUUGUGUUUCAGCUGGAAAACAGCUGAGAAGUUGUUUCUUGAUGCAAUGGAGAAAAUCAAAGCCAUAGGGAACGAGGUGAAUGAAAUUGAAUUUAUUGAAAAAAAUAAUGAGUGCAACUGUAAGCGUUUAAAAAAACAUCACUAAAAAGCUACCUUUGUUUGUUCUUAUUCAAUUUUAGGUCACUGUGGACAAAUGGGAGCCACUGCUAAACAACUUGGGUCAUGUGUGUCGGAAAUUGAAGUAAGUAUGGUGCCAAUUUUAGUGAUCUUGAAAGGUCUCGAGUGCUCGAUAGGAGACAGACUUGCACUUGAAGUUGUGCCUUUUCUCUAAAUGGCAUCACAGAUUUCAGGACCUCUUUUGAGCGGGCACACGUCGAGCUUGUACGGGAGGCUAAAUUUAUCCUGAGUGGAUGAUGAAAGAAGAUUGGUCAGAGUGCACUCUCCUCUAAUUUGUUCAUUCCUCUCCUUACCUUUUUUUUCCCCUUCACCUGCCUGCUCCAAACUAUUUCACAGAUGUGCUCACUUGUUCUGUUCCAGUCAUUCAGCAGAGGCAGUGCCCUCAUUUAGAAUUCAUGAAAAGACCCUUUAAUGAAUUAUGCAUAGCCACCACUCAAUAGAUAUAAGGGGGCUUGCGGAUUGUGCGCCACACAAGUGGCUGUGUUAAAAGGUUUGGAUAGUUUUGAUUCCAAGAGGGCUUCAUCUGCGGUUCAUCAUCCACAAUUAUAAUCCUUUAUAUGUCACUAAAUUAAUACGCAGGCGUGUAUGUGCUUUUAGAGAAGUCUUUUUCCAUAUGUCUCUGAUUCGGUUCGGCUUCAUACCGGUUUGUUUUUACUGUGUAUCAUGGAGUCACAAGACCAAGGAUUACCCACAUUAAAUAUGUGAUCAAAGGUUGUCCACAUUCAUAAUGAGCUCUGACAACCUCUUACUUUUUGACUCUACCCCUUCGUUCAAAGUGUCCACCUGCAGGGGUCAGGCCUUUUGUUUGGAAGACGGGGUUGAGCAAAGUGUUAGAACUGCGUGGCCUGUCAAACAGAGUACUUCAAACAGAGUGUAAUGGGAAAAUCUCCCACAAGUCAUUGUCAGAGUGCCAGCUCAGCUGACUAAACAAACACAGAAAUGUUUUUUUAAUUUUUUUAUUAAGACAUGAUCUUAGUUUACUGUUUGAUGUGUAUUUUGUUCGAUCACAUGAGUAAAAUCACUAACAGAAAAAUUUGUGUCUGUAGAAAGUACGACCAGGCUCUGGAGUACCACCGUCAGGCUCUGGUGUUGAUCCCUCAGCACGCCUCCACCUACGCUGCCAUAGGAUAUGUGCACAGCCUCAUGGGGGACUUUGAGAGCGCUAUUGACUACUUUCACACGGUAUAGUUCAUCAUCUUUACCCCUCUGUUUUUAGUUCUGUCUCACAUCAAAAAAGUUGGAUAUGGAAAAUUCAGACAAAAAAAAGAAUUGAGUAAGGUUUUUAAUGGCACAAAAAGUAAAACACGAUGUUGGUGUUUGUGCAGGCACUUGGAUUGAAAAGGGACGACACUUUCUCUGUGACGAUGCUCGGCCAUUGCAUUGAGAUGUACAUCGGUGACACGGAUGCCUAUAUAGGUAAGAAACAGGUUUUUGGUUUAAGCUUUAAGGAGCUGUAUAUUUGAAAAAAGGCUUUAUUCCCAUUGUACGGUGGCCGAGAACCGCCACUGCUGCAAAUAAAAAAGAAUGCAAAAAAAAAAAGGAAGCCACAACAGAAAUUAGCGAUGCAAGAAAAAACAAAAAUAAAACGGAAGCCCGCUGCAAAUAAAAAAAGAAACGGUGCCGGAAAAAGAAAAGCCACAGCAGAAGUUAACAACGCAAAAAAAAAAAGUGGCGAUGCGAAAGAAAAAAAAGUUACUUCCUGCAAAAAUAAAAGAAUGCAAAUAAGAAGUGAGCUGGCGGAAACCAAUAGUGAUGAUUCACCGGUGUUUUACGAUCUAGCCACAGAAGACGACGGCGAGAAGACAAGCAAAGAAGUAAGUGGAAAGGUUAUUGUUGAAUUUCGCUUCAUGUGCUUUUUAAUCUGUCAUUUGAUUAGGCGAUGUUGCGCCCGAGUCAGUAUGAAGUUGAACGGGAGGAUGCCGGUGUAGUGUUCAUUUUGGCUAACACAGGAAACCCACUACGCCGCGAAAGACCACUUAUAAGAGGAGAGUAAAGUACGGUAGCUGUACAGUUCGGUUGCUUUACUCAUAGACAUAAGUACACAGACCCCUCGCUAUUUUUCAUUAUUGGUCCCUGGCAGCUCACUUCCGUUGUGGCUUUUUUUUUAUUUGUAUCCUUUUAUUUUUACAGUAAGUAAAGUAGGUAACUUUUUUUUUUUUUUGCAUCACCACUUUUUUUUUGUAGUUAACAUCCGUUGUAGCCUUUUUUUUUUUUAUUUGCAGCGGGCUUUGGUGUCUUUUUUUUCAUUGGUAACUUCCGUUGUGGCUUCUUUUUUUUUUUUGCAUUCUUUUUUAUUUGCAGCAGUGGCGGUUCUCAGCCACUGUACCAUUGAGACCACUUUUUUGUACAUAUCACUGCGUAAAAUGAUGUGUCAUUGUUUGCCCCAACCCAGGCACUGACAUCAACGAUAAGGUGCGAGGCAGCUUAAACACUCCAGCUCUGAUGAAGGUGCUGAACACCACAGAGUCCAGUGACCUUAUGGCCACACCGAGGCUAGAAGACACCAGCAUCACGUCAAUGGAAACACCACUCUCGAAUCAGGACAAGAUGAUGCUGGAGGCGCCCCUGCGGCUCUCUUUAACCUUAGAGUGUGACAUGUACGAGAGUGAUGUCAUGUUAGACACCUUGUCUGACACUAGUACGUGAUGUCAUCUUGUGUGGAGGUGGAACUGUCAUCAACAUGUUGUCAUAGAGACACAAUACAGAACCCAGUGAAUCGAACCAAAACCGUGGCAUCCGUCCUCCACCAAAGGUUUCCUGUGGAUUCCCCCUCUUGUGCAUCAGAUCUGAUUGUUUCUGUAAAGAGCUGUAAACAUAGAGCAACACACCAGUUUUGAAUACUCUGAGGAAAUGUAUGAGUUAGUUUAGCAAGAAAGCGCUUUAAAAGGGGAAUUAACACGUGCCUUGGUUUUAGGUGUGAGUACUUAUAGUUUUGAACCUUGGGUUACUCCCGAAGACGCUGGGAACAUGUGGUCCUCUGACGCUUGAUUGAACAGAGCAAACACAGCCAGACACCUCGCCUCACAGAGAAGACUAGUCACUUAUUAAUAAUGCUGCCUAUGGCAGGACCCCCAUGUUGCUUAACCUGUGGAUUUACACCUUGAAUAAAGAGCCAGAUCAGUUCAAGCAGUUUUGCUGAAAAAAUAACACAUCUUGGUAAUUAAUACAAUAAACCGUGCAUUUAUCUUAA